CGCAUCAGCUGCCUGUCUCUGUGUGAUCUCUGCUGAGAUGUCCCUGUGGAGGCUGCUCCUGAGUGCAUCCCUCCUGUGUCUCAUCCCUGGGGGGAUAUCAGAGCCACAGUAUGUGCUCUCAAUCCCCGCAAUGCUGAAGAGCGGAGAGAAGGCGAACGUUUGCAUGAACCUCAAGGACUACGACCCGUCCCUCCAGCUCAGGAUUGUCUUGGAAUACGAUGGGGUGAACACGACCAUCUUUACCGAGGAUGCUGCGGCUUCGCCCUUCUUCCGGUGUAAUGAGUUCCUGGUCCCUGUCGUGGAGAAGGCUGUUCCCGUCUUCGUGACCCUCUCGGCGAGUGGGGGUGACGUCCUCGUCCAUCAGCGUAAAACCGUCGUAAUAAACACAAUGGAAAACGUCCACCUUGUCCAAAUGGACAAACCCAUCUACCGUCCGGGGCAGAAAGUGCUUUUCCGCCUGAUCUCACUCAACUCCCAGCUGCAGCCGGUAGAAGAAAAGUAUCCGGCGGUCUAUCUGACGGAUCCGUCUAACAGCCGCGUAUCUCAGUGGUUAAAUCUGGAGUCGGAACGUGGGGUUGUGCAGCUUCAUUUCCAGUUAAUUAGUGACGCGGCUCCGGGAUCUUAUUACAUCACAGCUGAGAGAGAAUCCGGCGGCUCCGUCGGCCAAUAUUUCACAGUGGAUCAGUACGUUUUGCCUAGAUUUGACGUUUCCAUGGUUUCCCCAAAUACCUUAUCUAUACUGGACGACAUUUUGGAGUUUAACGGGUCUGCCAUAUACACACACGGUCAGCCCGUUCCUGGCUCUGUCACCGGACGGUGCUGCCGGUCACCGGAUUACUUCUAUCGCAGGAGUCAAAACUGCGUGAGGAACAAAGGAAUUUCUUGUUCCAACUUCACAGGAGAACUGGAUGCCGACGGCACGUUCCGGGGGGUCAUCGAUUUAACCCCUUUCAACGUGGGGCUGUUAGGAUCUAAUACAAACCUCAACCUGGACGUCACGGUAACUGAGGACGGAACAGGAAUCCAGGUCACGGAGUCGCGCUACAUACGGGUCACCAGCCAGCUCGCCAACGUCGACUUUGAUUAUGAGUCCAUGAACCGGUACUAUAGGCGUGGGAUCCCCUAUCGUGUCUCGGUGAGUUUGAGCGACGAGAGCGGCCGUCCUCUGCCCGGGGAGAAUAUUCAUCUGGAGGUGGAUGGGAGGCCGGUCCAGCGCGUAACGACGGAUGCAGACGGGAGGGCUGACUACACCAUCGACACAAUCAGCUUUGUAGAGGAGAAUUUUACCGUCAGGGCCAGUUACCAAAACGAAGAGCAAUGUUACUACAGGGAGUGGGAUCGCUACGGCCCCGAUUACCCCACCGCCGAGUACAUGGUCAACCGGUUUUACUCUCAGACCGGCAGCUUCCUGCAGGUGCAGGGGCCACGGGGAGAGCUGAGCUGCGGCCAGAGCCACCCCAUCGAGGUGCAGUACAUCGUGACCCCGGAGGGAGUCGGGGAAGGAGCCACCGUGGCCACCGUCUACUUCCUGGUCAUGUCUAGAACGCAGAUCGUUCUGUCUGGUCAGCAGGACGUGGAUCUGACGAGCUCCCUGAACGGCACCUUUACCGUCGAUUUGCCUGUAUCUGCUGACUUUGCCCCCGGAGCUGACCUCGUCGUAUAUAUCAUCCUAGAAACGGAGCUCAUCGCGGACACCGUGAGGCUGAACGUAGAGAAAUGCUUCAAAAAUCAGGUUUCUCUGAGUUUCUCCGAGGAACAGGGACCGCCGGCCUCCGACGUGGACCUUCAGUUGUCGGCGGCUCCGGGGUCUCUGUGCGGAGUCCGAGUCAUUGAUUACAGCCUCAUCCUCCUCCAGCCAUACGAGGAAUUCACAGCUGAGAAUGUUUAUUACUCGCUGCGCUACGGGUCACUUUAUGGGUAUUUUAUUGGUGGGUUCAAUGUGGAGGAGCCGAGUCCCCCCUGUGAAGACCCCAACAAGCAGGUUUUUUGCGGCGGGCGAUACUACCUGCCGGUGAGCAGCAGAUCGGAGGGAGACACGUACACUAAUCUCAAGAAUAUUGGUUUGAUUUUGGGGACAGGAGCCAGGUUGCGGAAACCCGAGGUCUGCGAUAAGAACCCGGAGGUACCAGAAGCCGUUCCCUUCAGAACCUCCAAAAAAGUUCCUGCUGGGGCAGAGGCUCUCAGCGCAGAAGCCGGCGCCGGCUCCACGGAAACGCUUCGCAAAAAUUUCACCGACACUUGGGUUUGGCAGUUGGUGUCUACAGACGAUUCAGGCCGAGGCGCUCUGACCCAGACCGUCCCUGACAGCAUCACCCAGUGGCAGGGUAACAUGUUCUGCGUAUCCGAGACGGAGGGCUUUGGGAUGACGAGGUACCCGGCCAACUUCACCUCCUUCCUGCCGUUCUUUGUGGAGCUCUCCAUGCCUUAUUCCAUCACCCGCGGCGAGACCCUGGUCCUGGUGGCCUCUGUGUCCAACUACAUGGAGUCUUGUGCCAAGGUUCGAGUGACGUUGGAAGGGUCCGAUGACUUUGCCGCCGUUCCUCAGGAGGGGGAGCAGGACGCCUGCAUAUGUCCGGGAGAGAGAACUUCCUUCUCAUGGAACGUUGAUGCUGUAUCUCUAGGUGAGAUGCCCAUCCAGGUUUCGGCCGAGACCUCUCACAUUGGGAAGACGUGUGAUGGACCCGGAGACCGCUCACAGGAGCAUCGCAAGGACACAGUGAUACAAACUAUCCUUGUGGAGGCCGAGGGAAUUAGGAAAGAAGUGACCUUCAGCCAACUCAUCUGUGUGCGCAACCGAAACGCUAUGAUCCCUCUCAGCCUCCCUCCCCCAGAGAAUGUGGUUCCCGACUCAGCGGAAGCCUUUGUCACUGUGCUUGGCGAUAUUCUAGGUCUCCCUUUUCAGAAUCUCCAGAAUCUGGUGCAGAUGCCCUAUGGAUGUGGUGAGCAGAACCUGGCGCGCAUGGCUCCCAUUCCAUACGUCCUGGAAUAUCUCAACAUCACCAACCAGCUCACCCCUGAACUGCUCCAAAAGGCCACCGGCUAUCUGACAGAAGGAUACUUGAGGCAGCUCAGGUACCGGCUGAGUAAUGGCGGCUUCGGUGUAUUUGGAGGCUGGCAGGAUCAAGGAAACUCCUGGCUCACGGCUUAUGUUUUCAAGACUUUUGAGAAAUCCAAGAAAUACAUUUUUAUCGACGAGAACAUCCAGCAGCAAUCACUGGUCUGGCUGGAGGGGUCUCAGAGAUUGGAGAGCGGCUGCUUCAGCCCCCAGGGGAGACUGUUUUCGGAACAGGACGGGGCUCGCGACGAUCUGACCUUCACGGCUUUCCUGGCCAUAGCACUGCUGGAGUCCAACUACAGUCCUGGGAGGACUCUGCUGGCCGGAGCCCUGUCGUGUCUGGAGGCCGCAUCCAUCACCAACCAGACCACCUAUAACCAGGCGCUCAUGGUCUACGCCUUUACCCUGGCGGGGAACUGGGAGCAGAGAUGCCGCCUGCUCAAGGUGCUGAAGAGUAAAGCUGUCUCUGAAGGCGGCACAGUCCACUGGGAACGCGAGCAGGAGCCGGAGAGAGAGUGGGUUCCUUACUUCUCUCGUCCGUUCUCCUCGGCUGGCGUGGAGAUCACAUCCUACAUUCUGGUCAGCAUCGCCAAGGGGCCCAACGUAACGCAGGCCGAACUGAACUACAUGGCUCAAAUCUCAGUGUGGCUCAUCCGCCAGCAGAAUUCUUACGGGGGAUUCUGUUCCACGAAGGACACGGUUGUGGCCCUACAGGCCCUCUGUAAGUACGCCCAACUCAUAUUCAUGCCGAACGCGAAGCACAACGUGUCUGUGAGGAACGGCAACGGGGAGAUCGCAAAAUUCACUUUGAAUCAAGACAACAGACUUCUGGUCCAGAGACAGCCGCUGCCUGACAUCCCCGGAGAGUACACCAUCGGCGUCAGCGGCCUGGGCUGCUGCCUGGUGCAGAGCACCGUUCGAUAUAACAUCCCAGUCUCCGAAGGGAACUCUGCCUUCUCUGUGUCGGCGAACACAUCCUCCGAAGGCUGUCUGAACGGCGUGGCUUAUACCUUCACCGUUGGCAUCAGCGUCAGCUAUAACGGCAGGCGCAGGGAAUCCGGAAUGGCGAUCGUUGAUGUAAAGUUGGUGUCUGGAUAUCAGGCGGACUACCUGUCACUCAUCCAGAUGGAAGAAUCUAAGCUGAUUUCUAGAGCUGAGGAGAGGAACGGCCACGUUUAUCUGUAUCUGGACUCAGUCUCGAGUGAGAGCGUCUAUCUCUCCUUCAAGGUGCAGAUGGGUAACCGGGUGCUAAAUGUCAAGACCGGCUCUAUCUAUGUCUACGAUUACUAUGAAGCAGCUGAGAACGGGUACGCUCAGUACAGCCACCCCUGCGCGGCUUCGGAGUAAGGAAAAUGCAAGCAUCUAAAGUCGUCGAAACCAUCGGACACGAGAGCGGUCGGUAUCUUAAUGUUCUUAAAAAAGAGAAUUUUCAACCCAGAGGAGCUUCCUUUAUACAACAACCAAGAUCCCGUCUGCAGGGAAGCCCUGGAUCCUUUGCUGAUCCACAUACAGUAUGACGUCCCAUUCACAAUUACCCAUCAAGAUACCCACAAUAAAGUGUCGCCGGCUC